GUGUACCUUUCUGCGAUGGUCGGCGACAAGAAAUAAACUGGAAAAAACGAGAUCAGCUCGGCAGUAUUCCAGCCCCUCCAAGAUUUGAAAUCCUACCUAAUACCUAACCAACCCUCUCUUACAACGUUGCCGAGCCUCGCUCGCCCCUAGAGUAAACUUGGCAUUUGUUGCCCUGUUUCAUCUUGGUUCCGCUUCUUCACUCGAAUUCUUGGUCUGAGUUUUGAAAAUUCGCGAUUGCAUUGUACAUACUAUUCUCGCCGACAGUAACGACGACGAUACUCUGCUAAUCUUCUAAUUUUCUAAAUUCCUAACUCGAGACACCUGUGGCCGUAACAUUCCGAAAUCGCAUCGUCGCAUGGGGUCUUGAGAACGGAAUUAUCGUCCUCGGAGCAGGACUUCAACCCCAGUCCCAACAUGCUCGGCAUCUUCAAGGCUACGGCCAUAAUAUUAUCGCUAUCUACUUUGUCAUAUUUCUCAGAUGCGCACUCGGUCAAAAGAAAUCCAUUAAAUUAUAUAAGCCGACUAGAUAAUCCAGUAAUUCACACACCCUCUAAUCGAGUUCACGCCUAUUCCUCAUUUGACCUCACGUUCCUCCUCCACAACGAGAAGGACAAAGUCCGAAUAUCGUUAGAACCAAACCACGAUGUACUAUCCGACUCGGCGAGCGUCCGGUAUCUCGGUCCGGACGGAACCGUAACACGCGAAGAGAAGGUAGAAAGAACGGAUCACAGAGUGUUCAAGGGACAUGCUUUUGUACAACAUGCAGACCAUUUGGAAUGGAUUAAUUCGGGCUGGGCGAGAAUAACUGUUCACCGAGAUGGAGCGAAUCCGAUAUUCGAGGGCACGUUCCGGGUCCAUGGAAACCAUCACCACAUUCAAACCAGUUCCAAUUAUAGGCAAACACAGCACGAAGAUGACCCCAGCGCCGACUUUGCCGAGGAUGAAUAUAUGGUUGUUUGGAGGGACUCGGACAUACAAUCGGAUCUAUAUGACGUCUCUGAAUUGAAGCGAGGAUUGAAUAGUCAUUCGUGCUCGUCCGACGAGCUCAAUUUCAACAAUGAAGAUGCGCAUCCUGUACACCAGGGCCUCGACCUUCGCGACAUGUCAGUAGUGGACGCAAACGGGCUUUUCGGUCGCGAUCAGAUCGAUCCAACGACUGGUGGAAAUGGCGCAGGUGUUAACCUUGCUCAGAGCAUUGGGUCAACCCAAGGCUGUCCCACUACCCGCAAGGUUGCACUGGUAGGAAUUGCUACCGACUGCACUUAUACGGCACAGUUCAGCUCUAACAGCGACGUUCGCUCUAACAUCAUUCAACAAGUCAACUCGGCCUCAGCUCUAUACGAGAGUUCAUUCAAUAUUUCAUUGGGUAUUCAAAAUUUAACAAUUAGUGAGGCGACUUGUCCGGGAACACCAUCGCAAAAUGCUCAAUGGAAUGUUCCAUGUAGUAGUAGUGUUACUAUCACCGAUCGGCUUAAUCUAUUUUCAGCUUGGAGGGGGCAAUUUAACGACACCAAUGCAUACUGGACAUUGCUCAGCACCUGUAACACCGAUGCGGCAGUAGGACUAGCAUGGCUGGGUCAGCUCUGCUCCCAAGGGUCGGGAACUCAAGCAGAUUCGAGUGGAGGAAACGAGACGAUCGCAGGGGCUAACGUCGUCGUCCGAACCUCGACUGAAUGGCAGGUCUUUGCCCACGAAUCUGGCCAUACAUUCGGCGCUUUUCAUGAUUGUACAUCCGACACAUGCUCAGACGGAACAUCAUCGAUGCAGAAAUGUUGCCCGCUCAGUACCUCAACCUGCGACGCCGAUGGAGGUUUUAUUAUGAACCCUUCCACGUCUCCGGGUAUCACCCGAUUUUCGCCAUGUACCAUUGGUAAUAUCUGCUCGGCUAUGGGUCGCAAUAGCGUGAGGUCGACUUGUUUAACCAACAAUCAAAAUGUUGUCACGAUCACGGGAAGUCAAUGCGGAAACGGCAUCGUGGAAGCGGGAGAGCAGUGUGAUUGCGGUGGCGAGAGCGGGUGCGCUAACAACAGCUGCUGUAAUCCCAAGACGUGCCAGUUUCAGGAUAACGCCGUGUGUGAUCCGUCCAAUGAGGAUUGCUGUACGAGUCAAUGCCAGUUCAAGUCAUCAGGAUCGGUUUGUAGGGCUAGUAGUAGCUCGUGUGAUCCCCAAGAGACUUGCAGUGGUACCUCCGGAACGUGCCCUACCGACGUCAAGGCUCCGGAUGGUCAAUCUUGCGGUACCGAUGGCGCCGGCUUGACAUGUGCUUCUGGGCAAUGUACUUCUCGCGAUCUGCAAUGUUCGACUCUCGUCGGUUCGAUGACCAACAAUACCGAUACGAAAGCGUGCGAUUCGCAGACCUGUCAACUACGCUGUGCCUCAUCGCAACUUGGACCUAAUGCGUGUUACGAUAUGCAGCAAUACUUCUUGGACGGUACUCCUUGCCAAGGUGGUGGGCACUGCUCCAAUGGACAAUGCCAAGGUUCAAGUGUAGCCGACCAGGUGGGAAGUUUCUUCCGCGACAACAAAAAUAUUAUCAUCCCUGUGGCCGCGUCUGUCGGUGGCCUAAUCCUUCUUGCUAUUAGCUGCUGUAUAAUAACAUCAUGCCGACGCAGGGCUCGGAGAAGAAAGAUAGCCAAGACUGUACAGCCCAGCAGUAGUUGGGUGGCCGGAAACGGCGGAGCGUGGGCUGGUAACUCGAUGCCGCGCCCACCCCCAGCAGCUCGAGAAAUGAACAGCCAAAGGAUGCAGCAACAGCCUUGGCAGGACCAACAACAAUGGAGGCCCACAAUGCGGUACGCGUAAUACGACCUCGUGGCCAGAAGAACCUAGGCUGGUAACUGGGAAUAUGGGAAAUUCAAGGCGUUGGGUGAGAGGAAAACUCACCUAUAAAGGGCCUUGUAAAGGAUAUUAUUGGAUGUCAUCAUAUCAUGGUGUUGUGGGCGUUUUUAGCCAAGCAUGCAUUUGGGUAACGGGAUUAUGACCUUGGAUUAUUCAUGUCUUUUGAUUUUUUGGAUAGCAUGGGGGCUAUAUUUUAGGUAUAUAGCAACCUCCCCUGACUUUAUACAACGGAACUAGGAAUCAUGUGCCAUAGGAAGGCGACCAAGCUGGGUUUACUUCCGACUUGAGGUUUAGAAAAAGGAGGAAGGAAACCUGAUUAAGU